AGGAGAAAAGAGAAAAAGCCAAAUAAAGAGGGUUUUCUUUGGCCCAACAAACCACAACAUUUUCACAGUUGCCUUUGCCACCCCCAAAUCCAAUCUACCCCCAUUUUUGAAGGUUGCGAAGAGAGAGAAAGUAAGAAAAAAUGAGUGGAGUUGGGAAGAAGAUUGCUGAUGUCACUUUCAAGGCAUCCAAGAACAUCGAUUGGGAUGGCAUGUCUAAGCUCAUUGUCUCUGAAGCUGCUCGCAAGGAGUUCUUCACUCUUCGUCGUACCUUCGAUGAAGUCAACACUCAGCUUCAGACCAAGUUUAGCCAGGAACCUGAGCCCAUAGACUGGGAAUAUUACAGAAAAGGAAUUGGCAACAAAUUGGUUGAUAUGUACAAGGAAGCUUAUGAUGGCAUUGAGAUUCCAAAGUAUGUGGACAAAGUUACACCAGAGUACAAGCCUAAAAUUGAUGCCCUGUUGGUGGAGCUCAAAGAAGCAGAACAACAAUCUUUGAAAGAGUCUGAAAGAUUGGAAAAAGAAAUAGCAGAUGUGCAGGAGUUGAAGAAAAAAUUGAGCACCAUGACUGCGGAUGAGUAUUUUGAGAAGCAUCCAGAGCUGAGGCAGAAGUUUGAUGAUGAGAUUCGCAAUGACUAUUGGGGUUAUUAAUUCUUUGACGAUUAUGCAAUUCCCUUAGGGUGAACAUGUUGAGAUCAUGGUGAUUGAUCGGUAUAAUUAGCAUAAUAAAAUAACUAAUCUCUGCCUUUUUGGCGUUAUGUUUCGUCCAUGUGAAGGAUUUUUUUUCAUUUAUGCUCUUGUAAUUAGAUUGUGAGGUGCUUGCAAGAUGCCUUGGUAUGAAAGAGAAAGCACAUUUGUUUGUCUGAUGAGCUGAAUACCAUGUUGGAAGUAAUUUUUGAGAAUUAAUCUUCUUUUUGUGCCCGUUUCUGAA